CAAAGCAGUGAGCUUUGAACUUUACAGAUCUAAUAAAACCAUGUCUGCAAAGAACAAGAAAGGGCCUUCUCAGGUAAAACGAUGACACGAGACAACAAAAUUGAUCUUGGAUAUUGAAUGCAUGGGUCUUCCUCUCUUUUAUUUUGACAGGCCGAGCUUAUGGUCAAGACUUGUGCUGAAAUUGUCGCCGAGCUCGUCGCUGCCACCGAAAACGGGAAGGAUAUCAAUUUGAAUGGCGUCAAGAAUCGCAUUUCUCGUAAAAACAAGUUGCAGAAUCAACCAAAGUUGGUCGAGAUCAUCGCCGCCAUUCCCGAACAGCACAAAGCCGCUUUACUGCCAAAGUUGAAAGCCAAACCUGUUCGUACAGCAUCAGGCAUUGCCGUGGUGGCCGUCAUGUGCAAACCUCAUCGUUGUCCUCACAUUGCCAUGACAGGCAAUAUCUGUGUUUAUUGUCCGGGUGGUCCCGAUUCCGAUUUCGAAUAUUCGACUCAGUCUUACACGGGUUACGAGCCGACAUCCAUGCGUGCCAUUCGAGCGAGAUACGAUCCGUAUGAGCAGUCGCGCGGUCGUGUUGAUCAAUUGAGAAGCUUGGGUCACAGUGUCGAUAAAGUAGAGUACAUCAUCAUGGGUGGAACGUUCAUGUCCAUGCCUGAAGAUUACCGAAACUGGUUUAUCAGCAACCUGCAUGAUUCACUCUCUGGUCAUUCCAGCAAUAAUGUCGAAGAAGCGGUGAUUUUUAGAUACUCUCAGCAAAGUCAAACGAAAUGUAUUGGUAUCACCAUUGAAACUCGACCCGAUUACUGCUUAAAACCCCAUUUAAGUCAAAUGCUGACGUAUGGUUGCACUCGUCUUGAAAUCGGUGUGCAAAGCGUGUACGAAGAUGUGGCAAGAGAUACAAAUAGAGGACAUACCGUGAAAGCAGUGACGGAAUCAUUCCAGCUUGGCAAAGAUGCGGGUUUCAAGGUCGUGUCGCACAUGAUGCCUGAUUUACCCAACGUGGGCAUGGAACGCGAUAUUGAGCAGUUCAAGGAAUACUUUGAGAAUCCGGCUUUUCGAUCGGAUGGUCUAAAGAUUUACCCUACCCUGGUGAUUCGUGGUACAGGUUUAUACGAACUCUGGCGCACAGGACGAUACCAAAAUUACACACCCAAUGCGCUGGUGGAUCUCGUAGCAAGAAUUCUGGCCUUGGUGCCCCCAUGGACCCGUAUUUACCGUGUGCAGCGUGAUAUUCCCAUGCCGCUCGUCACUUCCGGUGUGGAGCAUGGCAAUCUCAGAGAACUGGCAUUGAAUCGAAUGAAAGAUCUCGGUACCGUCUGUCGAGACGUGCGUACCCGUGAAGUCGGUAUCACGGAAAUUCAUCACAAGAUCCAGCCCGAUCAAGUCGAAUUAAUUCGUCGUGAUUAUGUCGCCAACGGUGGCUGGGAAACUUUCCUCUCGUACGAAGAUCCUCAUCAAGAUAUUCUCGUGGGUUUGCUGCGUUUGCGAAAGUGUUCGCCGCAAACCUUCCGUCCUGAAUUGACAUCGGCUGGCCAAACGUCCAUUGUGCGCGAGUUGCACGUCUACGGUUCGGUGGUGCCCAUGCACGAUCGUGACCCUACCAAGUUCCAGCAUCAAGGUUUUGGUACCUUGCUGAUGGAAGAAGCCGAACGCAUCGCCAGAGAAGAACAUGGUAGUGUGAAACUAAGCGUCAUUUCCGGUGUAGGCGUCCGACACUACUAUGCCAAACUCGGUUACCAUCUCGACGGUCCUUAUAUGUCCAAGAUGUUGGUAUAA